UACCUAGGUAGCUAUCGACGAGAAUAAUCAACAUGAGGAAAGAAGAAGAAGAAUGAUGUGCCAUCAGCGUUGACGAGACUUAUAUCCCUUGCUUCCAGCACGUGAGAGGUAUACAUGUGACCAGACUGUCACAUGACAUAUGGUAUGGUUUCUGAGCAUUUUGCUCGAAAGCAUCAGCUGGAGCGUAUAUCUAUCAAACCACGAGCCAUCAAUGACUACAAGGGCCCAACGGACGAUUGCAUAAAGGAGGUAGCAAAAAUCUCAUUAAAUGUAGGAGGGAAUCACCAAGACACCACAUGGCUAUAUGUCGUUCCUAAAUUGGGUAGAGGACUCAACAUGAUUUUAGGUCUUGCAUGGAUGGACGACCAACAAGUGUAUAUUGACUCAAAUGGCCCGAAGUUGCGCUUUGCGAAUGGCAUUGUUGUUAGCAACGUGGAAGACCAACCUCGAAUGGAUAUCCAGCCCAUUGGGGCGAAUGCCUUUGCACUAUGGAACCGGCAGAAGAAAAAGGACAACAGUAUACAGGUUUUUGCUGCGAGUUUAAAGGAUGUUGAGAAAGCUUUACAUGUCAAAAACGACAAGAAUAAAGUCGCGCGCCAUGUCGACUUCACGUGCCAGCGUAUUGUGUUCAAAGUGUUUGUGGGGCCGGGUGAAAUAAAUCUUCUGGAUCCUGGCCUUGGAUCCCAUGUGGGAUUUGCCGGACUUCCCAUUCGAGAACAAGAAUGCCGCUAGCCGCCGGUCGAGUGGGUUGUGGUUCUGGAGAUAUGCUCUCCGAUUGAGAAGCACCAGGGGAGAAAAGAUUUACCGCAAAUAUUUCUCGUUGAUGCAAAUGGUAGCGUAUAGCCAGGGAAAUAAAGCCCAGUGAAGAUUUCGAAUCCCUGACCUAAUCUUGGUCGAGGUCCUCAUAAUGGCACCACGCCAAAUCGUCAGAAUUUUCCAUCCUCCUCUAUAGCCCAAUAAUUAUUAUAUCCACCGUCGUUCUCGACAUGCACCCGA